AUGGGUAUAGAAACUUGUUUAGAAAAUUUAUCAAACGAGAUUUUCGUGGAAACAUUUGACUAUCUACAUGCGCUUGAUAUCUUUAGUGCAUUUGGUUCAUUGAAUAAACGAAUUUCGUCGAUUUUACAAUCAACUCUACUUCGUAUUAUUAUUUCAGAAAUUCAUUGUCGUAAUCAAGUUGACUUUCUUUCUUCUUAUCUUACUUUCCAUGAUCAUCAAGUUAUUUCAAUACAAAUUGAUGAUACAAUUUGUGAUGAUACAUCUAUUAUUAGUUUAUUAUUCAGUCGACAUAAUUUUAUUAAUCUUCAAUUCUGUAAAUUUAUAAGAAUCGAUCAAUCAACAAAACUUGACAAUGUUAUUCAACAAAUAAAAACUUUUGAUAAACUUGUUUCAUUUAAUAUUUUUAAUCCAAAUGGUAUAACUAUGAAUGAAAACGAUAAAUGUGAAUUAGCCCGAAUUAUUGAUCCAUUUUUGAUACCAUCUGUCAAUGAAGCUGAUCUUCCUGUAUUAUCACAUGUGAUCUCAUUUGAAUUGACACUUUAUGUUGCAUGGAAUACUGCUUCAAUUAAUUAUUUAUUACGUUGUAUGCAUAAUCUUAAAUAUUUCAUUUUUAUAUUUAAGCCAAUUAGAUCAAACUAUUUAUUUCCUGUGGAUUUAAUUGACGGUUAUGUAUGGCAAGAAAUGUUAGAACUUUAUGUUCCAUAUCUAUCGAAAUUUGAGUUUCAUAUGUCAAUUUGGAAAUAUAGUCCACGAACCGAUUUGAAUAUUGUUAUUAAUUCAUUUAAAUAUUUUGUUAACAAAUAUUCUAACUGGCACAUGAUUAUUGAUCAAUGGAGUUCGGCGUAUUCAGUUCUUGCCGAAUUUAUUAUGCUUCGUACAUUGAAUUAUCACAAACAUAAAUCAAAUCCGUAUACAUAUAUACCUUCAAUUCCUAGUGGAAGUUUUAACACACAAUUAACAAUGGAAAAUAUAGAUGAUCAUCAUUAUCUUUUUUAUAAGAAUAAAAUAGAUUUAAGACUAUACAUGACAUCUGAAAGACCAACUAUUACUUAUUCUUCUCCAUUAUUUCAACAAAUCAAAUUUUUCACAUUAGAAAUGUCAAAAAUUCCUUCAACAUGGUUGAACAAUUUUCUGGAUAUUGUUAAUUUUCAUGAAACAAGUGAUGAUGAUGCAGAAGAAAUUGUUACUUAUCUUUCAAAUUGGAUUUAUUUAUCCAAAUUAGUUGAAAUGAAAUUUGGCUCAUCAUUUGAUAUAUAUAGAUGGAAAUAUGUUCAGUUUAUUUUACAAGAAUGUUCAAACUUGACCAGUCUUACAAUAUUAACUGAAUUAUUAAUCUAUUCGAAAUUUAUUGAUAAUUCAUUUCUUAUUCCAAUUUUCAAACGAAUUAAACUAAUUGAAACAACAUUUGAAGAUGUUUAUUUUCCUUCAAGUUUUUCAAUGAA